UUCGAUUUCGGUCGUCGUUGGUAUCGGAGAUGCUCUGCAAGUUUGAGAUGAGGCUUUAUAAGAACCUCACGAAAUUAUCAUUUUCCCCUCCGCCGUUUAAAGCUAGCCACACAUUAGUUUCACUUUGUUUUACACCAUGGACGCAAGAAAUUAUUCAUGGACAUUACAUUUUGGAAUACGUGUUACUGGGUAGCAGCUAGCUAACUUGCUUGUUAGCUUACCUACUGCAAUUUACUAGAAUACACGUUAGCUAGCAAUCGAAUGAAAGAAAGGUCUGAAGUUAGCUAACUUUUAUGAAAAGCUAGUAACCAUAUGUAGCUAACUUACUGCUGUUGGCUAGCUAGCCAAAGACAGACAUUUGAUACAAUGUUGUUCAGUUAGAGCUGUGGAACUUACUUAGAAGCUUGGUAAAACUUAACGUUACUCAGAAUAACACGUUAUUUUAGCUAGCUACUUGCAAUAAAGGAAACCAUGUAUUUUACUUGCUUGUUUUUAGCUACCUAGCUAGCAUUCUUCUGACUGCAGUUUUUAAACCAGAUAACGUUAGAUAGCAAGAUUACAUCCUUGAGAAGUCUGUCGCCAGCCAAGUUACUCGUCUUGGGUAUUUUAUUUUCGUUUAAAGUUGCGCCUCAUUCAGGAGCCAGGAUAUUAUUGACAAGAGGCUAACAUUAGCUUUCAUACUGGUUCAGUGGUUGAACUUGUGGUGUCAAGGCUAGCUCCCAUUGCUAUAAUAGUUGGAUCUCGUCCUCUAUUAGCUCGCUGUCUUGAAUGACAGGGACUUUCUUGCAAAGAUCAUCGGACCAUGUUUUUGUACAGGUCUUACUUUUAAGGGACCAUUGUUAUUAGCUAAAUACGUAGCUAGCUAACCAGGUAAAUUGCUGAGGAUGCCUGGCUCAGAAAUUAAUCUUUCAAAUGCUGAUUUGGGAGAAUUUGACGCAGAAAGUCUCCCUACAAACUCCGGAUUGGGAGACUUGCCAUGGCUUUGCAUGGUUACGCUGUUUAUUGCCUCAAUCAUUACAUUGAUACUGUAUCUAGUACAGUAUUUUUACAGCGAUCUACGGAUACAGAUGCCUGAGCAAAACAAUGCUGGUUCGGGGGAAGCGGACGUUCUGUUGGGAUGGGCGCUUUCACUGAACAGUUGGAAAAGUCAAUGGAGAGGGGCUUGGUGCAGAGCUUUGAAUGACGAAUCGACGAAGUCUGGGUGCCCAGUGCAACUAAUAUUAGAAGAGGACGGCCUCGAGUCAUCAGAACUGGUGGUUGGCCAAGUGUCCAGCUUCAAGAAGUCUGCUAGUCAGAAGGCUGCACGAUGCAAGGUGGUCGGGGACAAGCUUCAGUUCUCCCUCAGUGCUUCACCAUCAGCCAUGUCUCCAGGAGAUCCCUGUAGGUACAGCGUAAAGAUAUCUCCACUUGAACUGCAGUUGGACUUGCAGAUGAGGGAGGCUGAAGGGCAGGUCCAGGUGGUCUGGGGGGUGUGCCAUCUCGAGACUUGGGACCUGCAGCUCAGCCCCAGCUUCACACAGGACCAUGCCACAGGCCCCAGUGUGGCUGCAGUAAAGGACAGGCUGAGACAGCUGCUGUGUGCGGUGCGUCCCUCCAUUAUGCUGAGUUGCAGGCCUGCUCAGGCCACAGAGGUCAAGGAGGCCCGUAACAAGGUGACAUCACCGCCCAAGCCCCCCCGCGCUCACGACUGGAAGCUGCUGGUAAAGAAUAUCCGGGUAACGUGUAAGGAGCAGGAGGACGGUGCUGCAGGCAGUCUGAAUCCCCUGUGUGUGCUGCAGCUAGAUGACCCUCCACAGAAACUCUCCACUUCAGUCCUACAGAACACAGCCAGUCCAGCCUGGGACCAGCCCUUCAUCUUUGAGCUGAAUGGACGAUCAAAAGAGCUGAAAAUUCAGCUGCUGGAUGAUGGGAAACCGCAGGAGAACUCCUUACUGGGUCAAGUGUCUUUGCCUUUUGAUCUGGUGAAGAAGCAGCCCAAAGGACAGCAAACAUUUACACUCAUGACUGAAGAUCAAGUGACAGGGUCACUUACUGCUGAGUUGACCUACCUGAAACCCAGUGAGGUGCGGUCGUGGCAGUCCCCUACUCCAGCCCCCACUAAGAGAGUGGAGAUGGACCGCACGGUCAUGCCCUGCGGUACUGUGGUCACCACAAUCACUGCAGUGAAGAGUAAACCAGGUCGACCAGUACUGCCUGGACUAAAUAUAACCCAGCAGACCCCCUCCAAUCCUCCCAGCGGCACCAAGUCCAAGGUGUCAGGACGAAGGGUGUCGGCGCAGCCGUCCGUGCUGGGGAUCAUGGGGAGCAAGGCCUUGUCCUCCUCCGACACAGAGCUACUCAUGCUCAACGGGACCGACCCCGUGGCCGAGGCUGCCAUCCGCCAACUCCACGAGUCCGCCAAGCAGAAGCUCAAGUCCCCGGUCAAGAAGAGCACCAUCAUCAUCUCAGGAGUGACCAAGACUCCUCUGUCUCAGGAUGAUGAGAUGGCUCUGAUGGCGGGCUAUGCUGCUGCGAUGGACGCCUCUAUGUCGGAGGGGGGAUCUCAUGAGAUCGCUGUGGCAACUGCAUCAGUAGUAAAAGCCAGUAGCAAACCCCUGGAGGUGUCGUCAGACCCCCAGGAGUGCCCCAGUGGAGUUGUCCAGGCUCAAGCCCAGCAGGCCCCGGAGGACUUGGAGUGCCAAGCAGGACAGGGCACAGACCAAGAUCCAGACAAAACCUCCAUGUCACUAUGCAUUUCAGAGUCUGGAUCCAAAAAGAGCAGAGGAGGCAGCUUCCUGCACAGGAGUGCCAAGCUGUUCUUCCGCCGGCGCCGCCAGUGCAAAGACCCGGGUAUGAGCCAGUCGCACAACGACCUGGUGUACUUGGAGCAGCCUGUGACAGUAGACCGGGAGAAACGCACGUCCACCUUCAGCCGGAUGCUGAACCGCAAGCUGCUGCCCACGAGCAAGAGCACAGCCAACGGCUCCACCACCACCCAAACAGUGACACCCGUUCCUACCCCAGGGGAGCAGCAUGCAGCCUGACCCCCCCCUCCCCCCAAUAGGCCUCCAGCCCCCACUCCACCACCCCCUCCAAUAAUCCUCCAGUACCCCACUCCACCACCCUCUCCUUCCCCUCUAGGCCUCCAGCCCCCUUCUACUUCCCCUACGAUGGUCCUCUACCCCCCCCCCCUCCACUCCACCACCCUCUCCUUUCCCUCCGAUAGUCCUCCACCCCCCCCACUCCACCACCCUCUCCUACCCCUCCAAUAGUACUCACCACCCUCUCCUACCCCUCCAAUAGUACUCACCACCCUCUUCUUCCCCUCCGAUAGUUCUCCACUCCACCACGUCUCCUUCCCCUCCGAUAGUUCUCCACCCCCCCCACUCCACCACCCUUUUCUUCUCCUCCGAUAGUUCUCCACUCCACCACUCUCUCCUUCCCCUCCGAUAGUUCUCCACUCCACCACCCUUUUCUUCCCCUCCGAUAGUUCUCCACUCCACCACCCUUUUCUUCCCCUCCGAUAGUUCUCCACUCCACCACCCUCUUCUUCCCCUCCGAUAGUUCUCCACUCCACCACGUCUCCUUCCCCUCCGAUAGUUCUCCACCCCCCCCUCCACCACCCUUUUCUUCUCCUCCGAUAGUUCUCCACUCCACCACCCUUUUCUUCCCCUCCGAUAGUUCUCCACUCCACCACCCUUUUCUUCCCCUCCGAUAGUUCUCCACUCCACCACCCUUUUCUUCCCCUCCGAUAGUUCUCCACUCCACCACCCUUUUCUUCCCCUCCGAUAGUUCUCCACUCCACCACCCUUUUCUUCCCCUCCGAUAGUUCUCCACUCCACCACCCUUUUCUUCCCCUCCGAUAGUUCUCCACUCCACCACCCUUUUCUUCCCCUCCGAUAGUUCUCCACUCCACCACUCUCUCCUUCCCCUCCGAUAGUUCUCCACUCCACCACCCUUUUCUUCCCCUCCGAUAGUUCUCCACUCCACCACCCUUUUCUUCCCCUCCGAUAGUUCUCCACUCCACCACCCUUUUCUUCCCCUCCGAUAGUUCUCCACUCCACCACCCUUUUCUUCCCCUCCGAUAGUUCUCCACUCCACCACCCUUUUCUUCCCCUCUCCGAUAGUUCUCCACUCCACCACCCUUUU